UGCAGAGAUUACCAACAUUUGUAUGUAAUGAGUUAGGUUCAAGUGCACAGCAAUUAUCAAACAACAAUCUAGCCCUAGGGCUAGGAUAAGGGUUACAACAGCCUAGCCAACAGCUGCAGUGCUUUUCUGUCGCUCGCUACACAUCCAUAUAGGUCGUUUAAGCCUUGACAUAUAAGGGCUUUGAAUCGAGCAGUCUGCGCGGAUUGCUUCAAGGGGGACGCGCAUUCCUUACAUUCCUUGACUGUCCACGAAGGGAGAUACUACGCUACUCCGCCGAUCGCACAAUAAGGAUUGGAUUUGCGGGCCAAACAUUGCAUCUAGCCCCAACGACAUUCCGUAAUCCGAGCCCUGGGAGCAACUGCCAAUCCGCUUCUUCUUCACGCCCUCCGCGCGCUCAACCCCAGGCUGCUAGGCGAAGCCGUGAUGGAGGGGUUAAUUCAUGAGCGCUGCUUAAGGCCUAAUUUUGGAGCUAUUUAAGCGCCUGACAGAGUGCUUUCGGACAGCGGGCGCGUCUCGCAGAGAGACGUUUGCCGCCAGCAAACGCUCUUAUCAUUUCGUAGGGGCCGGCGUCAUGAACUACCUCUGAAUUCUGAACACCAGCCAUCGAAGCUGCUGAAAUAGCAUCAGAAGCGGUAGCAGUGCAACGCCAGCGCCUCAUAAGGCCCUUCCACGCCAUCUCCACUCUCCUGCCUUUGCUCUCCUCAUUUUGAAGCAGCCUCAAACCAAACCAGAACAGCUAUAACCCAACCAUGCCCAUCCCACCCAAGCUAGCCUCCGCCUCCUCCCCGAUCGACUCUUCCCACUCACCCAGCCACUCCCAGCCUCCGUCCGCCCCAACGCCCACAUCCGUCAGCGGCAGACACGCUCACGUCGCCUCCGCCAGCGCCGGCGGUGCUCCGCCGCCCCUCCCGCCCCACGCGCCCUCCGCGUCCUCGCUUCCGCCCGUCGCCUCCGCACCCACAAGCCCCAUCAACCACUCUGACGGUGGUGCCGGCGCUGCCGCCGCCUCCGGCGGCGCGGCAUACUCCACGGGUGGCGGUGGCGCCGGCGGAGGCCACGUUAGCAGCGGCUCCGGCGGCGGCGCCGGGAAUGGCGGCGGCAGCAGAGCCCCGAACUGGAACCGCCGCACAUCUCGAUCAUCUGACUCCGGCGGUGUAGCCGUUUUGGCGUCGUCGCCGCCAGUCAAAAGCAGCUCCUCUCAUUCCGGAGUCGCGGCGGCGGCGCCACCAGCCUCAGCGGCUGCUGCUGCCGCCGCCGCCAGCGGCGGAGGCGGCGGUGUCGGCCCCGGGCAUGUCGGUCGCGGCCGACUGCAGCAGUUGGGUCAGCGCCUGAACUUCGGAAACUUGGUGCGGAAGAAACAAACCACCUUCGCUCCUGGAGUCGGCGGAGGCGGGGGUGGGGGUGCUGGUACUUUGUCAGGGGGGGAGGAAAGCAGCGGAGGCGGCGGACACUCUUCAUGGGCUCAAGGUGGCGGUAGUGGCGGCAGCGGCGUCACAGGAGCGCCUGCGGCUGCGGCGGCGGCUGUGGAGGCGUUCAACCCGCCCAACCACCCGGUCAACCCCUUCUCCUACCUCGCCACGCCCUUCAGGGUGAUGGCAAGGACCAAGGCGGGAGCGGCCAUGGGCAGGUACGCCACCACUGCUCUGCGGCUCAAGCGCGAUGGCAUGCCGCCCGCCUCCUACAUGUGGCUGUGGCUGGGCAACUUCAAGCGCUGGCACCGGCGCUACUUCGUGGCCUCGGAGGCACCCGGCGUGCUGCUGAUCUACAAGCGGGCGAACAUGAAGGGAAAGGUGUGGAGCACCAGUCUGUGUGACGCAGUUGCGUCCCAGGACGACUCGCACCCGCGUCAGAUCCGGCUGGUGACGCCCGCCGGCACCAUCUUCCUGCGCGUGCUGCGGCCCGAGGAGCGGCAGCCCUGGCUGACGUGCCUGCGCGACAGCGUGGCCACCUACCGCAAGCACAAGGAGGUGGUGGAGUCGCUCACGGCGGCAGCGGCGGAGGGAGGAGAGGGCGGAGGAGGAGUUCCCGGCUCGCUGCCCGCCGGCGCGCUGCCGCCCGCUGCCGCCGUGGAGCAGGACGCGGAGCAGCGGCGCCGCAUCCGGGCAGCGCUGGCGGAGCGGCUGGGCGAGCUGGCGCCGCUGGUGGGGGAGGUGGAGCGGCAUGUGGGGCUGCUGGGGGCGCAGAUGGCGGGGGUGGCAGCAGGUCUGGGCCACCUGCCGGGCCCCCUGCUGCCGCUGCACACCUCACGAGCCCGACAGACCCCUGGCGCCGCCGCUGCUGCCUCUGCAGCUGCUGCUGCUGCAGCUGCGGAGUCGUCCUCCUCCCUCCUGCGCCCCUCCCCCGCCGGCACCGGCUCGGGCCGGCCCUCUCUGUCGGGUCGGCGGGGCGAGCUGGGGGCGGCAGCGGCGGGCCCGUUCCUAGAGGGGCUGGCGAGUUUCGGAGCAGAGGGACUUGGAGGCGGCGGUGCGGGUGGUGGGGUGGGUGGUGGAGGAGGAGGCAGCGGUGGGGGCAUGGUGGAGCGGCUGCUGGUGCGGACCCGGAGUCGCAGCCGGGGGGGACCCACUGCUGCCCCCGGGCCGCCAGCCGCCAGCCUGUCCGGCGCCCUGGUAGCGCUGGUGGAGGGGUUGCGGGCGGCGCUGCAUGCGGAUGCGGUGCGCAUCGCCUCGCUGGAGGCGGAGAACGCGGCGCUCAACAAAACGGUCAACAUCCUGCGCUCCAGCGCCCUCCGCCAGGGCGCCGCUCGCUCCCGCGGCCUGAGCACCCCCGGGGGGCCCGCGGGGGCCGCUGCAGCCGGAGGGGGGCCGGGGGGCGCGGCGGGCAGCAGCCUGGCGGCCUUGGCAGGAGGCGGGGCGGGUGGGGCGGUGAGGGGGGGUGGCGGUGAGGAGGAGGAGGACGGCGGCAGUGAGGGCGGCAGCGCGUGCACGGCGGAUGAGGACGCAUUCGAUGUGGUGGAGGCGUUUGAUGAGGGCGUGGACUACUCCAUCCUGGAUGACGACGCCCCCCACCUGCACCACCGGCUGGGGGUGGAUGACGAGGAGGAGGCGCCCUACGCGGCGCAUGGGAGCUAUCCGGCAGGGGGGGAGGAGGAAGAGGAGGAGGACGACGAGGAGGGCGAGGAGGAGGACGCUGCCGAGCUGGCGCAGCAGGCGGAGGUGCUGAAUGCGCUGGAGGUGGUGCGGCAGGUGGAGUACAUCGCAGCCAACGGCAAGUCGGCGCAGCUGCAGACGCUGCUGGCUGCGGACACCCCCCCGCCACCUGACGCGGAGGAAGAGGAGGAGGAGGACGAGGAGGGGGGCGGCAAGGGGGGCAAGCGCAAGGGCAGGGGCAGAGGCGAGGACACGGACGCCACUCUAGACGACGAGUACGACGAAUACGAUGACAUAGACACCGACGCAGCCACCACAGCAGCCAUUGGAGGUGGCGGCGGAGGCGGAGGCGGAGCCGCCGGCUCCACUGCCCCUGACGGUGGCAGCGCCUCCGGCGGCGGCAGCGGGGCUCCUGCCCUGGCCGCCGCCUCCUCCGCCGGACGACGGCCGUACGAGGGGCGUUGCCGGCUGCCCGCUCCGAAACCCCUGGGCCGCGGUUUCUCCAUUUGGAGCAUCCUGAAGAAUAUGAUCGGUCGCGACCUGACCAAGAUCACCAUGCCUGCUACCAUUAAUGAGCCGCUGUCCAUCACUCAGAGGAUGGCUGAGGUGCUCGAGAACCGCAGUCUGUUGGAGCAGGCCGCUGUCUGCCCCGACCCGCUGGACCGGCUCAUGCUGGUGAGCUGCUGGUUGGUAGCCGGUUACAACAGCCAGCCCCUGCGCGACAACAAGCCCUUCAACCCGCUGCUGGGGGAGACGUUCGAGUGGCAGGCGCCGGACGGGGGGGCCAGGUACAUCUGCGAGCAGGUCAGCCACCACCCGCCCGUGUCGUGUUUCGUGGCGGAGGGGGCAGGCCCCCAGGGCUACGAGUUCUACGGCGAGGUGGAGACCAAGACCAAGUUCUGGGGCAAGACCAUCGACUGUGUGCUGUCCGGGCACAUGUCGCUGAGGCUGAAGGCGUUCGGGGAGGAGUACAGGUGCAACCUGGGCACACUGGUCAUCAACGACAUCAUCCUGGGGCGCUUCUGGAUCGACCUAUCCUGCGACAUGAGGAUACGCAACAUGCGAACAGGCGACGCUGCGCGUGUGGUGAUUAAGCCGUGCCGCGGCUACCCCUACCUCAAGGAGCGGGGCAAGUGCGAGGGGGUGGUGUGCGACGCAGCGGGUCGGGAGGUGUGGCGCAUCAACGGCUCCUCCAUGGCCUCCCUCUUCGCCUCCCUCACGCCCGAGGCAGCGGCGGCCAGGGCGGCAGCAGCAGCCCCGCCAGCAACCACCACCUCCGCCUCACAGCAUCCCCCCUCUGCCGCCCCAGCAGCGGCGACCCAUGGGUCAGCAGCACCCGCAGCAGCGGCCGCAUCUCCCCUAGCCGCCUCCGCUACGGACGUAGGCCCGGAUGCAUCCACUGCUGCUGCUGCCACGUCCGCCGCCUCCCCCUCCACAGCCGACCUCACCAACCCCUCCGCCCCAGGCUCCGGCUCUACUUACCCCGCCUCCCCGCCUGCAGCUGCCUCACCGCAGCCCGCGCCCCCCUCCUCCUCCUCUCCUUCUGCCCCUCCCGCCGCCGGCCCCCCCUCCUCCUCCUUUCCCGCUACCACCGAGCCGCUGCUCAUCUGGAGCAAGCCGCCCGAGCUGCCCGACCCCAACGAGCAGUACUGCAUGACACGGUUCGCCCUCACCCUCAACGACCCCGCGGACCCCGUGGUGCCGCACCUGCCGGCCACCGACGCGCGCUUCCGACCCGACAUGCGCGCGCUGGAGCUGGGGGAGUGGAACCGCGCCACGUCGGAGAAGCUGCGUCUUGAGGAGAAGCAGCGCACCGCUCGGAGGCUGCGGAAGGAGGCGGGGCAGGAGUACGAGCCAAGGUGGUUCAGACAGGUGUUGUUCGGCACCAAGGACAUGGCGCAGCCCGCCUCCCAGCCGGGGGCCGUGUGGGAGUACCGGGGGGAGUACUGGCGGGCUCGGGAGCGGAGGCAGUGGGGCGAGCUGCCAGACAUCUACUGACGCGGGUGUAGGCUGAAGGGAAAUAGGUAACGGGCCGACGGUUAAAGAAAGGGAUAAGCAGGUGAGGUUGAAGCAGUGGGAGUGGAGGAACCCAGGAAGCAUGCAGGAAGCACGGAGACAUGGAGUUGAAGGGGGGGACGCACACCAGAAGCAAGGGCCGGGGGACCGGUUUGAGGAGCGACCCGUGGGUCAUGGCAUGAGGGUGAUGAUGGGCGGUGGGAGGACAAGGGGCUGCAAGGCCGCGUGCGGAAGGAGGACGAGAGGAGGAAAAGUUACGGAUCCCCUACCCCCUCCGUUCACGUUUCUGGCCUGCGUUAACGUAGAACAAAAACGUAACCCUAUGUUUGUCAUGUGACCGCUGACC